AUGGCCCAUCAAUAUCGAGAGCUCAAGGUCAAAUGGCCAGCUGCUGGUAUCACCGUCACGGUGAGAAUGCAUAAUAAGAACAAGGCCCUUGUGGACUUAUUGUGGGACACGUUGCCGUACCGGUCCCUUCAAACGCAUGCCUUGGUCACUGGUGAUCAUCUCUAUCAUCUGGUCCCUUCGGAAGCAUUGAUAUACACACCUCCCGCUCUGAAGAUACCAGACAGGACGGAAGCACCUGAUGGCACGGUGUUCCUGUCAUCCUUCCAGCACUUAGCCAUCAAGUAUGGCCCCGUCACAGAGCACCACCCUGCCGCUCCUUGUGGAAACGUUAUCCCUGAGGAUAUAGAGAAGCUGCGCUCAGUCGGAGACCAGAUCUGGAAAGGCCAGCUGGAAAAGAAGCAGCCUUUUCAGGUCGUUCUCUGGGAUGCUUCCCAACCGGAGCCAGAUGAUGCAUUCCUUUCACUCCGCCUCCAGCGGACCGGCGUAACUGAGGAGGUCAAGGAGCUUGUAAAGGAGAUCCACGACAAGGCAUGUGUCUCCAAACGGCAAUUGACUUGCAUGGCCCUUUUAUCUAAUGUAAACCACUGGGAUAGACAAACGAAUCCUGGUCUGGGAUCUCAGAUGACAUCCACAGCAUCCACAGUGGUCAGGCGCCAGACCACCCUGGUUCGAAGAACUCGUAUUUUGCUGCUAUGCUGUUCUCCAACAGCGAAAUCAGGGCCAUGGGCUACUAUGUCUUUGAUAAUAUACUCAAAGUGGCCGCCAACCGCCCGGAGUUUACACUCAAACAUCUUAUUGCCUUAUACAGAGACUUCGUGCCUGCUACUGCCGAAUUCCUUGGGUAUGUGGGCCACAAUUUUCUUCGCGAAAGCCAUCGCAAGAUCGACCUCCUUAUUACGCAGAACGUCGAGAGCAACCAUAUAUUGGACGAGGCACGCGAGGACUUCCUUGCCAUGGUGA